GUACAGGGUUCCUCUUUUAACAAAUGGUAUGGGGGAAAAUAGAGGUGAAUUCUUACAAGCUUAAUUAUUGAAAGAGUAGCUCUCGUAGUUAAGUUUCCUAUUGCUAUGAUAAAAUACAUGACCAAAGCAACUUCAAGAGGAAAGGGUUUAUAUUAUCUUAUAUGUCUCAGGUCAUACUUCAUCACUAAGGAAAGUCAGGGUAUAACUCAAGGCGGGAAUCUGGAAGCAAUAGCUAAAGCAGGAUCCAUGAAGUAACCCAGUUUACUGUUUAGCUCCCUAUGCGUUGUUUGGCUGGCCUGCUUUCUUUUGUCUUCUAGGGCUUUGGGUCCAAAAGUGGCACCUCUCCCCUGUGAACUGGGCCCAUCACAGCAAUCAUUUUUGUUAUUAAUCAAGACUACACUUCAUCACAGUCAAUCUAUGGAAAACUUUUCUCCCCUCUUCCCAGUUAGAUCUAGGUUUGUAUCAAGUUGAAAAAAAAAACAGUCAGAAGCUAACCAAUGCAGAAAUAACUGCCAAGGAAGAGGGAAAAGAUUUGUUUAAAGCAUAUUAUAGUAAGUUGUAUUGUUUUAAAUCUCUAGUUUCAUGUCUCUGAUGUAGCUGUGAAAUUCUCAUGCCCUGAUGAGAGUUAAACAUAUUCAAGAAAGAAGGGAGAUCAACAUACCAAUCUUUCCAAGGCAAAUGUAGAGAAUUCUAACUCUACCAAUGAUUAAAACAACUAGAAACAUACAGAAGGUGCUUUCUGUAACAUAUCAAAGUGAACUCCUAUUCAAAUUAUUUUCAUUUAAUUGGUUGGGUCUGAAGAGAUUGUCUUGGAAUUAAAAUAUAUAUAUAUAUAAAACAGCUAGAGAUAUUGCUCACUAUCACUCAUAGAAUACGCUCAAAGAGGACCCAUUCCCAUGACAGCUCACAACCAUCUGGAGCUCCAGUUCCAGGGGCUUUAACAACUUCUUUUUGCCUAGUUGGACAAUAAGCACAAAUAUGUUGCCCAGGAAUGGAAAACACUCAUACCCAUAAAAUAAAAAUAAUCUUUUCAAAAAUAGCAUCUGUGAAAGGUAUCUUAUAUUUAUAGGAGAAUAAUAUUGUUUUGGAGAAAAGCCAUUUUAUGUUUUACCCCAUCAAUAUAAUAUGCGAUCACAGUUUCUUGGAGAGUGUUACUUGAAGUUCAGGUGAGGUUGGAUAGUUCCCAUUCUCAUCUCAUUAAAGAUUGAGAUCAGCUUUGUUUGGUGACUGUCUUUUUUUUGUUUAUCUCAUUGCUGUCACUAAAUACCUAGCAAGAAGCAAUUUAACAAAAGAAAGAUUCAUCUAGACUUAUAGUUGAAGAUGGGAUACAGUUCAUUAUGGUAGAGAAGUUAUGGCUGCAGGUGUGAAAGGCAUCCAAUCAAAUCACAUUGGCACUCAGGACGUAGACACCAGACAGGAAGUGGGACCAGGCUACCAACCAUAAAGACCCAUCUCGUUUCUCACAUCGUCCAGCAAGGCUGUAUCUCCCAAAGGUUCUAGACCCUUCCAAAGUACCACCAGCAGCUAGGGGUGAGUAUUCAAACAGGUAAACAUAGGGAGAAUGUUUCACAUUCACACCACAGCAAUAGCUCUUUUUUUUAAAUAUUGAAGUAUUUGCUUUAGCACUCUUUCACUAAUAUGACCAAAAAUAUGGCCCAAGUGGUCAACUUUACAUAUGCUUCAAUGCAAAUAGAAGAACUAUAAAGAUCUGUGAUUUACCAAAGAAUGAUACCCCAAACCCAAAUAGCAAAGAGCCUUUAUUCAGCAGAGAUCCAGCAUACAGGGGUCUACCAUACAUCAGGAUGGAAGAAAAGACAGAGGCGUAAGAUUUGUAGGGUCAAUUUAAAGCAGAGUAAAUGUAGAGAAUAGGGUUGGGGUAGAACUGGAUGACUUUUACCUUUCUUUCCCUUGAUUGGUUGGCUCUAUCUAUUUUCCUUUGUGAUUGGUUGAGGCUCUGGAAAACUGGGCCGGCUUUCCAGAACUGUGGCUCAUUAGUUAUUCUUAGCUCAUGCUUGGUUCAGGCAAGGUGGUGGGACGGCUCCUGGCAGCUCUUGAUUGGCUGUGUGUGAGGGAUGGUUUUUUUCUUUUUUUCUUUUUUCCUGUAAUUGACUUGUUUUGGACUUUUCUAGCUCUGGGAAAUAGAAAUUCAGGCUUAGUUUCCCAAACUGCCACAUUUGCAGCCUGUAAUGGAGUCAGCCUGGUUCUGGCCAACUCAGUUUUCUCAGAACUUACUUUUUGUCGGUAAUCUAUGCUAGCAGCCAGAUGAGUUUUUAUUAUUAUAAACUGCUUCUAUUUGUUUCCUCUUAGAACAAAGUAUUCACAACAAUAUCCUUUAAGACAGUCAAUACAUUCAAUACAUAUGUAAAUGCAAAUCUGCUGUUUCCAUUCUUCUGUCUCCUCAAAUUAUUCUCCCUGCUCCUCCUCCACUCAACUCUAAGAGCCCUCUGUUUCUAAGAGUCUUCCAUGGAAUGUUGUCAAAGGAAAAGUCAGUCAUUCAUUGUUGUUGACCCAAGUGGAUUACUUAUUAUCCCAAUGUGCACUGCAAAUGGGUACUAACAUAACUCAAAAUAAUGAUGAUCAGUCUACCAAUAUUAGCUAAAAUUUAUUUUGGCAUUAUUAAUAAUUUGCAGACAAACUGAUCUCUGAUGAAAGUAGGAUAAUCACAAUUUUAUGCACAUGUAUUGUCUUAGUUUUUUUUCCUGUUGUUGUGAUAAACACUCAGGCAAAAGCAACUUUAAGAGCAAAAAGGGUUAUUUCAAGUAACAGUCAGUGCAUCAUUGUAUGACAGUCAAGGCAAGAACUUGAAGGUCUUAGUCAGAUUAUAACCACAGUCAGGAGUGGAGAGAGAAUAAUGUAUGUUUGCUUGUGCUUACCUCACUUUUUCUACUCACACAGCACAGGUCCCCAAGCCCAAGGAAUGUUGCCACCCAUAGUUGGAAGGUUCUUCUACAUCAAUUGACAUAAUGAGAAUAAUAUGAGAAUAAUCCCUCACAGGCCAACUUGACAUAGACAAUCCCUCCUUGAGACUUUAUUACCAGGUGAAGAUCAUAUCAAGUUAAAGAUUCUCUCCCUCUCUUUCUCUUUCUCUCUUUCUCUCUCUCUCUCUCUCUCUCUCUCUCUCUCUCUCUCUCUGUGUGUGUGUUUGUGUGUGUGUGUGUGUGCAUGUGUGUGUGUAUGCAUGUGUCUGUCUCCUGUCUUUCUGUAUCUCUCUCAUUCUCCAUCUCUGUCUCUGCCCCUUCCCCCUCUCUUAUACACACACCUACUGUAUAAUGUGUGUUUUCUAAUUAGUCAGGACCUUCACUGAAGUUGUUCCUAAAAUUAACUAUGGCCUUAGGUAAAGAUGAUGAUUUUACUGGGAAAGUAAGACAGACCUACUUCCACUCAGGACUGGAGUAGCAAAUAAUAAUAAUAAUUAUUAUUAUUAUUCAAAGUACAGGCCAUCAUGUAAUGAGGCAAGUCACACUUAUAUUUUAUCCAUAAAUCUUCAUCUGAGAUUAUAAUGCCUUGGUCUUUGGGGUGACAUUUGAAAUGUGAAGACUUUUAAAGUAAAGGUGGAAUGAUAGAGUGAGAAAUGAUUGCAUAAGCAGCAGAAGAAGUUGGAAGAUUUUAAAGAAAUGUUGUAGCACCAAAGUAGGGAUUAAUGGAGAACAAGAAACAAAACUAGGGUUUUUAAAAAAGGGGGGGAGGGCGCGAGUGGCCAUGGUUAACAGACCUGCUAGACAGGUCAACAGGUCAGCAAGAAUAAAUAAUCUCAAAUUCUAAUUUAACUUUUGUAAGAACCCAGUUCUAUGUAGAUGAAUAGGUCUGAGAGAUAAAGAUGUAAAAAUAGAUAAAACAAAGAGUUAUGAGGCAAAAAGAAUAUUCUAAAUUAUUAAUAGGAGUUUUCUGUGUUGUAAGAUGUAAAAUAUAUUAUAAACCAUUAUUGCAUCUUUAGAAUUUUCACUGGAAAUGUAUCCUAUGUUAUGAUCUGCAAAGGGGAUUAAUAGGCAGGUAUAUGUGUGCAUACUUUUCUUUCAGUAAUUCUCAGCCUAAAUCAGUAAUUCUCAAUCAAGGGCAGUUUUGUUCUUAGAGAGUAUUUAUCAAUUUCUGGAGAAAUUAUGACCAUGACUCUGGGUAUAUUGUUGAGAAUGGAUGGGUAAAGUAAUGAGAUUAGACUUCCUACAGUGCUUAUGACAGCCCCUAAAAUAAAGUAUUACACAGACAGAAGUGCUAAUAGUUUCAGGAUUGGCAAAUCCUGACAUGAAACAAACAACAGAUUUACAAAGUUCUCCAUGUAAUGAGUUCUACUUAUAUUAUUUAAUACUUCCUUGAAACUGUAAUACAAUGUGUUUUGGUCAUAUUACCUCUCAGCCCCCACUUCUACCCAGAUUCACAUCCCUUUUUCUUCCCACCCAACUGUGUGUUCUUUUUCCUCCAUCAAGGACAAUGUAUGCUACCCAAUUAUUGUUGAGUGUGUUGUCUUCCUUUGGACACAGUGAUCUCACCAAGGACGAUAUUCUUAAGGAAACUGAUCCUCUCUUAGAAGCAAACAGUUGCCAAUAACUCCUCAGCUAGGGGCAGAUAUGCCUGUCCAGCUCCCCUCUACAUUCUGGGAUUUGGUCCAGCUUGGGCUUACACAGGUCUGGUGCAUGCUAUCACAUCUGCUGUGAGUUCAUAUGUGCAGCUGCCUGAUGAUUUAAACCAUUUGUUUUUAAACAUCAAAAACUGAAUGGGUUCUUGAAUUGUCAUAAAGGUAAUACACACAUGCACAUACAUACCUUUAUGAUAACACAUUCUACAUAAUAAAUAUACACAUACAUACAUACAUACAUACAUAUACAUACGUGUGUGUGUGUGUGUGUGUGUGUGUGUGUGUGUGUGUGUGUUUCUCCAAGGGCCCAAUGCAUUCAGGCUGUUUCCACAUAUUAUAUUUUUCCAAGGAUUUACACUGGGAGUAGUAUCUAACCCCAUAUUCCUUUGAAUUAUUCUCUUCUAGUUUAUGUUCCUGCAAUUUUGUUUUUUACAGAAAUAUUGAUGGUUUCAUCAUAGUGACACUAUUUAUUUGCAUGUAUAGUUUUAUAGUUUCCUACUUAUAAAACAGGUAUUUAGAAACUGUGAUGUCCCUCUGAAGAUCAUGUAGAGCAAAGUGGCUUGAGCUAACUUAACAUUUUCAGAAAGAUUGCUUAUUGUUUGCCUUUACAUCAUGUGUUGGCUUAUUUAGAAGCCCUGGGUAGAUGUAUAUUGGAUUGUAUAGCAUUAAACAGUUUGUAUUUCUUCUGGGUAAAAUUUAUACGUGUAUAAUAAUAUACAGGUAUAAAUAUAAUACUUUUUAGAAUUUAUGAUAAAAAUAUGUCUGAAGGCUUAUCUAUAGUCAAGAAUUCAGUUGCUAUCAUUUGGUAAGAACUAAGUGGGCUGUAGUUUUAACUCAGUGAGUAGAGUUCCUGUCUAACAUUAAUGAGGCACUAGGUUUGAUUCUCAGCUCUAAAUAGUGGUUCAUGUGGCAAGUUACAGCACUGUAGAUGUGGUAAUAGGAAACACAGAGUUCAAGGUCAUCCUUGGCCAUAUAGAGAGUUGUGGCCAGCAUUUACUAUAUAAGACCAAAAAAAAAAAAAAAAGAUGUUAAUGGGUAUGUUCUUUAAUGAUCUAAUAUAUUCUGUAUAAAAAUAAUGUUUUCUCAGAAUGAAAGUAACAUGCAAUUCAUUUCCUAACUUUAAAGAAAAUGCACCCUAACCAGAAUAGAACUUGCCAUGAGAAAUGUUUUUUCCAUGGCAAAUUGGCUGAGGACUUAAAUAAGAGAAUUAGUCAGAUACGAUUUCAGGAAACAAAAAAGGGUCAGUAUAACUGGGACCUUCAGAUAUGGCUCUGAGACAAAGAGGGCUGAGCUGACCUUGAACAGACUAAUGAACACAGGAAGCAAUGAGAGAUGCAGAAAAUAGGAUGAAUGAAACUGAGAAGAGAUUGGUUAUGGCCAUAUUUGUGAAGCCAUGAACAAGCAGCUGUUGCCAGGGCAGUCAAUAAAUUUGAGCUGCUAAGAAGUAACCAAAUUGUGUGAGAAUAAGAAGAGUGAGUUUCAUAUAAAUACACUGUAAAAUACCUAUACAAUACAUAUGGAUAAGAUAAAGCAUUCCUUGCCCAGAUAUUACAUUUUCAUUCUCUAAUAUAUUUAAAAUGAGUACAUAAACUUAACAGAACCAUCAGCACCAUGCCACACAUAAGAGACUUUUGUACUACAUAAAGCAAAACCCUGUCCUACAUAGGCUACAUAAUGCUCCAUUAAAAUGACCAUUAGCAAAGGCAAGCCAAAUUUAGCCUCAGCACUCUGACUUUUCCUCCCUAGUGACUACAAAGAAAACUAAUGUCCUCAUUUCCAAAGAGAGGUGCUCUAAUUAAAGUCUUAUUUCAGUGACCCUAACCACUAUCAUAAUAGAUUAUGUUGUCAAGAGAGUAAGAAAGACUUCCUCUUGGUCAAUGAGUGUUACAGAAGAUAUGAAUGAACAACCAUUGUUUGUUUCAUUAAGUUUUUUCAGUAACACCAAUAUGCAGCUUAUAAUUAUAUGUGUGAAGUAAUAGAUAAUUGCCUCCAAAAAUAUAAAGUCUGCUUCUAGUGCAUCUGCAGUUUUCAUAACCCUUUCUACUUGUUAGGGUAACAUCUUUCCUGACAAGAAACUCAAAAAAGACACCAAAGGCUUUAUGUUUGAGGUCAUGGAACUAAAGGAGUAUUUGAGCUUCUGUCUGGAUGGCGGAGAACCAAAGAGAAUUUACCCUUCAAAGACAGGGUAGCAGAUGCCUACUCUGAUGUGAUGGUCACCUACACCAUGACCAGUUCCCUGUACUUCAUCACAUUUGGUAUGGGUGCCAGCCCCUUCACAAACAUAGAGGCCGUGAAGAUCUUCUGUCAGAAUAUGUGUGUCUCUAUUCUGUUGAACUACUUCUACAUUUUCUCUUUCUUUGGCUCUUGCCUGGUCUUUGCUGGACAACUUGAGCAAAAUCGAUACCACAGCAUCUUUUGCUGUAAGAUCCCUUCUGCAGAAUACCUGGACCGCAAACCUGUGUGGUUCCAGACAGUAAUGAGUGAUGGGCACCAACAGACAUCGCAUCAUGAGACAAACCCCUACCAGCACCAUUUCAUUCAGCACUUCCUUCGAGAACAUUACAAUGAGUGGAUUACCAAUAUCUAUGUGAAGCCAUUUGUGGUCAUCCUGUAUCUCAUUUACGCCUCUUUCUCCUUCAUGGGGUGCUUGCAGAUCAGUGAUGGAGCCAGCAUCAUCAACCUACUAGCCAGUGAUUCCCCAAGUGUUUCCUACGCCAUGGUUCAGCAAAAAUAUUUCAGCAACUAUAGCCCUGUAAUAGGAUUCUACGUCUAUGAACCCCUGGAGUACUGGAACAGCAGUGUCCAAGAGGAUCUGCAGAGGCUCUGUAGUGGGUUCACUGCAGUGUCCUGGGUAGAGCAGUAUUACCAGUUUCUGAAAACGAGCAACAUCAGUGCCAAUAACAAGACUGACUUCAUCAGUGUCCUGCAAAGCUCGUUUUUAAAAAAGCCAGAAUUCCAACACUUUCGGAAUGAUAUCAUUUUCUCCAGAGCUGGUGAUGAAAACAACAUCAUUGCUUCUCGCUUGUAUCUGGUGGCCAGGACUAGCAGGGACAAGCAGAAGGAAGUCAUAGAAGUUCUGGACAAGUUGAGGCCCCUGUCUCUCUCAAAGAGUAUCCGGUUCAUCGUGUUUAAUCCUUCCUUUGUUUUCACAGACCAUUACAGUUUGUCAGUCACUGUGCCUGUUCUGAUCGCAGGCUUUGGGGUUCUCCUGGUGUUAAUCCUGACUUUCUUCCUAGUGAUCCAUCCUCUGGGAAACUUCUGGCUAAUUCUUAGCGUCACCUCAAUUGAGCUGGGCGUUCUGGGCUUAAUGACGUUGUGGAAUGUCGACAUGGAUUGCAUUUCUAUCUUGUGCCUUAUCUACACUUUAAAUUUUGCCAUUGACCACUGUGCACCACUGCUUUAUACAUUUGUAUUAGCAACUGAGCACACCAGAACACAGUGUAUAAAAAGCUCCCUGCAAGAGCAUGGGACAGCCAUUUUGCAAAACAUUACUUCUUUUCUUAUUGGGUUGCUCCCCCUCCUCUUUGUGCCUUCAAACCUGACCUUCACACUGUUCAAAUGCUUGCUGCUGACCGGGGGUUGCACGCUUCUGCACUGUUUUGUUAUCUUACCUGUGUUCCUAACCUUUUUUCCUCCUUCCAAAAAGCACCACAAGAAAAAGAAACGGGCCAAACGAAAGGAGAGAGAGGAAAUUGAAUGCAUAGAAAUCCAAGAGAACCCUGAUCACGUCACCACAGUCUGAGGGUGGAGACUUUUUCUUUUCCAGUAUUGCACAAUGAUGCAGGGCUAGUAAGGCUCAGACCUCAGCUGCUUGGGCUGGCCAGGGGUAAAAAGGCAGGUCAGAUCAAGAGUGCAUUUUUCAUGACGCAUCCAAGGGUCUGCUUCUUUUGAUGGAAGAGAUAAUAAAAGGAGGUGAAGUUCUUUACAACCUUGUGCUCCAUGAGAGAUAAUUCUCCAGACAUUGAUCUUAGAGCUUUUCUGAGAAAUGGAUGGAUUGGUGUGGUCAGAUGGAAGGCCGAAAGAUCUAAAGAUUCUUAGAAGAAAUGGAGAAGAGAGAAUAGGUGGUCUCCAGAUAGGGGAAAGUACAAAAAGAAAUGUCUAAUUUGUCAUGUCACUUCAUGUUUUCAUGAACAGAUCAAUCAAAGGAAACCUAUGCACAUGGGAAGUACACAUUUAAUCCUGUAUAAACCAAAGGACCGGACCUCCCAAUCCACUUUGUGUGUACAUAUAAGUAUACAUAUACAUAAUAUGUCUUGAGUGUGUGUUGGUGGUUGGAUGAAAGAAGAUGUUCAUUUGCAGAUAGGCUGGCCUUUCUCAAAAAGUCAAAUCAACAUUAGUCAAAUAUAUAACCUCAUUAGGGAUGAUACAAAAUAUAUAAUUGGUCACUUGAAAUCAACUCAACUGUCUAAAUAGCAAGAGAAUUAUCAACUGUGUGAUAACAAGAUAGACAGAAAUUUGAAUCCAUUAAAUUCUACCUAUCAUGUUGUUGGUCACUGAGAUCCUACGUUUGGGAUGACUUCACCAAAACUCCAAAAGGUAUUUGAGUUAAUUAGCAUGUGAACAAACGUUUAGAAUCUAAAGUAGUUGAGAUAGCUUGUCAUUAGCUUUUAACAUUUCUGUGUAUUUGGAAGGCCAGCAUGGCUACUUUUGGAUAUCUCAUCCACCUGAAAAAAAUGAGCCCUUUAAGCACAUUGUUUUUGCAUGCAUAUGUAAGGGUACACAGUGUAAGUGAGAGAUGGAAAGAAAUGAUGAGAUACCAUUUCGUAGUUAAGAGCUCUUAAGUUAAAUGGUGAAAAUACACUGUUGUGGCACAGGUGGCAAUUAACACAGGAAAAAGAAAAUGUCUGGAAAAUGUAGCGAGUAAAAUGAGCCAUCUACCAUUCACCAUCUCGGCAUCAAACAGCCUGUUGUUUAAGAAAAACUUGCCAACUCUACAGACUCUAAUGUGUUCCUUGGAAUAAGUCUGGGAGCAUUAACCAAGACCAUGAUCACUAUGAUGGUGGUCACCAUAACCCCUGCAGCAUCAUUUUGUAGCUUCUUGGAGUAUCAUUGUCUUCAUUAACUAGAAAGUAAUCUCCUAUGGCAAGCACAGCUCUCUACUGGUGCCAUAUUAACUGUGUGUAAUUGCACCUGGAGUCCUUACAUUAAAAAAAGAAAGAAAGAAAGAAAAAGUAUUGAGGUAAAUGUUUUGGGUUUUUUUGGUUUUGUUUGUUUGUUCGUUUGUUUGUUUGAGUUAGUGUUGAAAACUAUGCCCCAGGCAAGUACUCAGUCUGCUGGGUGCGUUCAAGGACUAAGGCUGCUAUUCAUGUUGGAGAACCUUACUAGAAAAUUCCUUUUCCAUGCCAAAUAAGGAACCUAAGGGAUGAUUCAUUUCUGGGUAAAAUAAAACAAAUGCCUAAUGAUUACACAUCCUGCUAAGAAGCUCUUUUUCCUGAGGAACAUUUACAUUUCCUACCAAUUUGGGUUGUAGAAUUUAAAUGCAUUAACAAUACUAUUGGCUUUAAAAAACAAAACACAACUAAAACUCUUAGAAAAUUCCAUUCCUUUUAAGUUUUAGGAAAUAAUGCUGAUAGACAGUACUGCUCUUCUAAAUGAUGCAAAUUUUUAAAUGGACAUCAUUUAAAUGAAACUUCAGUUUAUUGAAUGACAUUUGUUCUAUUCUACUUUAAAACUGCUGUGUUUCAAUGUCUCCCCUGAUGUGGAUACAAUAGCUAUAGAAUUAAGGAGGGACCAUAACUUCCCAUAACCGCACUUGAUAUUUUCACUGUAUCUGUAAAGCCAUGUCACAGGUAACGCCAGCCUUUCAUUGCAAGAACUUUUGUCCUAGGGGGAACAGACAUUUGGACAGUUGACCUCCAGGCCAUGAUCUCAUAUUUGAAGUCGAAUUUUCUAAGCAGUUUUUGCAGUUGGAGAACAGAAUUCCUCUUUCAAAGUUACUCAUCGUUUAUGAAAAUUUCUAUCACUCCCACCUGCUUGUAAAGACAGCCACUAAGAAGCUGAGGAUUCCAUAUCACUUCAUAUCUGUCCAUAUUCAGUGAAACUCCAUUGUUUCACCAAUUGUUUAUUUAAAGAUAACUUACUUGUGUUUUAUAAUUGCCAUACCAUUUCAGAUACAAAAAAAAAAAAAAAAAAAACCCAACAACAACAAAAAGAUUGACAAGCUAAUUGGCAAGCUUGCAAACUGCCAAAUACAUGGAAGUACCGCUGCAUAUUAUGCCAAAGCACCAGUUUCAGUCUCUCUCAAAGCACUUGGAUGGGGAAAGACUUGUUUAUAUAUUAAGUAUUGUCUUCAAGGAUCAGACGUGUAGGACAAACAAGAAUUUCUCAUUGUCCAAGUGUCUAGAGAGGUGGCAUUUUAGAAGAGAUGUUAACUUCUCCAGAACACGUGAUUCUCUCCAAGGAUAUGUAGCAAUAAUUUACUGAAAUGAAACUCCGUGUUCUGGAAGAGUUAAUAGGGUGCCCAAAAUUCCUUGUCUUGGUCUUAGGAAGUAAUGUAAGCCCAGAAGAACCUCGCAAAGCAUCCGGCAAACCUUCCAACCUCACACUGAAGCAGAUAUUUCCAAGAUUUCCUUCACUGAGUACCAAGUAUUAAAAUAUUAGAUCAUGAUUUGCAGGUAAACCUCCAAACUCAACCUUUUCUGAUUAUUGGUAUGCUCCAUCCUAGAUUUUCAAGUUUUUGCUUGCUUUAUCCAUUGUGAAGUGCUGAUGGCAUUCAAGUUAGGACGUUAUCGUCUAUCAAACAGAGGGGCCUUUCAAACCCUAGAAGAAAACAGUGGUGAAUCUUUUAGAACUGUGGAGUAUUUUAUAUACUGUAGUGUGUUUUCCCCUUGAUAGAAGAGAUUUUUAAAAACUUGUGAACCCCAUACUUUUUCUUGUUUAAAUUGGACUGUGUUCCCCCCCCCCACAGAAUGUGAAACAGAAAAUAUCAUUUUAUGUCCCAAUCUCCCCAAGGAGGAACUCACCUAAAUUAUCAGUCAAGAUUUGUCUAAAGGUUUCGUGGGCUGACCUACAUCAUGUGGAAGUCUGUUGAAAGAAUAUAUAGCUACAUGUUUUCUGGUGGGUUCUUGCAGUGACCAUGAACCUCUUUGAAGGCUGAGCAUGAGUACUCUAUGACAGAGCUAUUCUCAACUAAGUUUGUAUCUCAUAAAUGUCUUUCUUCCAAUUUAUUUCCAAUUGUUUUCCACAGAAAUGAACUUACAUGUUUUAUUUUGUAUUGUGAAAGAAAGAAGUGUGAUACCCGUAGCUUCUACGAUGCUAUAAUAGCCAUUCUUGUAUGUUGAUCUUGAGUGUAAGAGCUAUGUCCAUUCUGUAAUUAUCCAUUGCACUUUACCAUAACAAGCUAAUCCUUCUAGGCUUGCGAUUCGAGCUGGGGAUUAAUUAUUGCCAUUCAGAAUUGUGUGUAUUUUUAUAUGUUGACUGUAAAUAUUGUUAUUACAGUCAAAUAUUUUUAUGACCAAAUAUUUAUAAAUGCAUGGCACAAUGCACGCAUGAUUACUAGUAUGUAGAUGAUUAAAGACACUAUUUUCAGGGUUAUUACACUUUUUAUUAAAAUUCUCAUAUUCUCUAUCAUAAAUGCCUCAUGGGUUUUAGUUGCAAAGCCCUAAAGUCCAUAAAAAACUUCAUGCUAAGGGAAGCAAUCAGAAAAUUGCUUUCUCAUAGUAUCAAAAAAAAAAAAAAGCCACCUACACUAAGAUGGCCAUUGGGAAAACCCAGGGCUAAGCCAGGUCUCUGCUGGGUCAAGCAGAAUCUGCAUUAGGCAGGAAUCAAAUAUGCCCUGGAUGCCCUAAAGCAAGCCAGAAGUUACAGUACCUUAAAAAUGGACCUGUGAUGAUUUCUCAUGAGACUGUAGAAUUCUAUGAUUUACCCACGCUUCCCAGAGAAAAGUCUCCAUCCAAUCAGUGUUGUUCCUGUGUGCACAGCCCUCUGCUAAUUCUUUCAAAGGUGAUCCCGAAAGCUUUCAUUUAUUUCAAAGGAAUUUCAAGAUAAUUUUUAUUCUCUUUUAAAACAAUAAAAUUCUUUCUUUUACGGUGACAAAAAAAAUAAUAAUAAAGUUAUAACAAAGUUCUGCAGUAUCAAGUCAAAACAUCUAUGGCUGAAUCAGUGUGCCCUUGAAGUCUCCUCAUCUCAAAUUUGAAUACAAAACUCUGACUCAUCUCUGUGGCACAGGCCCUUAUGCCAACCUUUUUCCACAAUGAUCUGCAGAUACACUGCACAGAAGUUACAAAAGCCACUACAUAUUCUCCAGGGCUCUUUCAAACCAGUGGAGAUGUAAGAGUUUUAAUGUUUGGGGAAGAUUUCAUUGAAGAGUUUCCUGGAAAGUAUUAGGAGUGACCACCAUGAAUAAAAGAUAAGUGGAGCUUAUUAUAAUUGUGUCACUUUCCAGUCCGGAAUAGAUUUAGCUUGGAUUCUUGGAAGAGAUUGUUCAUGGCACACUGUGAGAAACAUUCCAUUAUCUAAAUGUGAGAAGGGAGCAGAAUCUCCCACUGAAAAUGGAAAUCGCUUUCAUCACCAAAGUCGGUGGAUUGCUGAGUCUUUAUUUGCAGCCAUACUGAGAGACCUUGAAAAAGAAAAAGAACAGCUGCUGUGGUUUUAUAGGUCUUAGUACAAUCUAUAGCAUUCAUGUCUAUAUGGAAUCAGGAUAUUCCCUUGUCUUUCCUCCUCUGACAUAAAAGUCCGAGUGACUGAAACCAUUUAUCCUCCUGCUCACCAGUGUAUCUGCAAUGCUUAUCACGUGUUCCCAUUAAUUAUGCAUAUUCUUUCAGCAAUAGACUUCCUGAUUCUUAAGUAGAAAAUCUGUCACUGUUUGAAAAGGACAGAGAUAUUGCUAAGCUACCUCACAGGGAUAUUUAAAGAUGAAAUGCCAUACAACCUUUGUCUAAAUGGUAAUACACUAUUAUUUAUUUUCCUUUCACUGGUAAAAUCGUACCCAGAUAGUGGUAAAAUGAACACCAUCGUGUGUAGUUUUAUUUCUGUGUGCCACUUACUAUAAAUAUUCACCAAUGCAGCAUCCCUUGGGAAAGAUGUUCAGUUAUCUCUUCAUGGAAAUCCCAGAGCAUGAAAAUUAGUGCAGCAAGAGUAUUAGUUCAGAAACAGUACUGCCUAGGGUUAACUUAGAGACAGUGGCUCAUCAGCAAGAUGUGUCAUCAAGUAAUCUGGGACUAACUUCAAUGAAAAGCCCAUUUGCCCUUCUUUGCAGAGGAUGGAAAGGCAUCAAUUACUUUACUUAUGUUAAGCAGUUAUGAAACAAUAAAGAUACUAGAAUGACUUCCUAGGUCCCCCCUGACCCACCCACCCAGUGUAAAACCACUGCUUUCUCCUCCACUAAGAUUCUGAACCACAGGCUGCUUCAAAUCAGUGAGGAGAAGACUGCUAGAAAGGAUAGCUGUCUCUUCGCAAGUCAAUAAACCAUGGGCGUGACCACGGAAACCGAGUGCUCCAUUUCCUUUCCUUUCCCAGAAGAAAUGCCCACAAGUUCCUAAUCCUGGUGCAGUGAGAUGCUAAUCUCUAUAGCCAAAUGAAAAGGAAAGAUAACAUGUAUAAAAUUAUAAAGUCCUGGCAUCCUAACAGUACAAACCCCAAUGGCAAAACACCAUUGCCAGUUGCCUUUGCCAUAAGGAUGGCUUUUUAAUAUAACAUUCCUUUUACAUUUUGGUUCUUUGCAUUCUUUUUUGUAAAAAUAGCCUUAUUCAUCACAUCCAAUUUUCCAGUAAAGGAUUGAAGACCUCUGUUCCAGAAUUCUGCACAUAGGACUUUAACUCUAAAGCUACCUUAUCGACAGAAGCUUAAAGGAAAAAAAAAAAACAAGUGCCAAAAAGAGUGACUUAAGUUGUAUUUCAGUGUCAAGAUGUCUUCUCCCAAAUAACAGACUGCCCAAAUACACAGCUUAGGUCUUCCUGAGCAUCAAAUAUUCUAAUUAUUAGAAAUUAUUAGAAUUAUUAUUAGAAAUAAUAUUAAUAAAAGAGCUUUAAAAAGUGAUUUCAGUGGUUUUAAUUUUCCAAAAUUUGACUCAUGGGGAACAUUUAUAUGUAUUUCCAUUCUCAGUAAGCAAAAUAAAAUAAUCUGAAAAUGAGUUUUUCUUGUAACUAUCACAGGAAUAAAUAAAUGUGAUUCUCCUAAUUGAAUAGCUCUCGUACCUUUGUGGAUAGAAAUUGUAUGUCAAAUAUUUAUCUUAUUUUUAUUUUCAGGUUUUACAUGUACAUCUAUACAAUCAUUUUAGUGAAAUUUCUCAGGAUCAUAUAGCUUAAGAAACCUAUGCCUGAGGCCUAAAGAUAAAUGUCUUAAGGAAAAAAAUAACCAAGACUUCACUACUUGUAACAAUGCUUCACGUUUACUUUAACUGUAGGACCACUAGACAAAGAUUUAUGGAGUUACUAUUUUCACCUUUGAUUUUCACAAAUAACUACUUUCCUUGUAUGUAGCAAGAGCAGUUGGUAUAUUUAAAAAGUCUUAGCAUAUACAAGAUACUAACAUGAUGAAAUUCCUAGUGUUAAUUGCUCUUGCUGAAUUUUUUUAAUCAUGCCAAAUGCUAUAAAAGUCAAGUCAUUUCUAGAUUAACUGCACUGUCCUUCAGUUCUUAUUGCUAAUACUAAAUGACAUAAUACCCAACUUACUCAUCUCACCUCAGGGAGUCCUUUCAACUUCCUGUCUUUUAGAGGAAGGUUCUCUCAUAGGCAAGUAUUAAAUUUCCCAGACAUAAUUCCUCUUGACUUUACAAUGUGAUAUAACAUUUCCCAUGCAUUUUAAAUGAAUCUUUAUAAAUAUACAUAUAUAUGUAUAUAAAUACGUGUGUGUGUGUGUGUGUGUGUGUGUGUGUGUGUGUGUGCUUUAAUUUUGUGAUUUUGUUUGUUUUGUUUUGUUGAGGCAGGGUUUCAUUGUGUAGCCCUGACUGGCCUUGAACUCACAGAGAUUCCCUGUCUCUGUCUACAAAGUACUGGGAUUAGCAGACCUAGCCAGAAUUUUUAUCCUUACAGGAGAUUUGUGUUGUUGUUUUCUUGUUGUUGUUGUUUUGUUUUGUUUUUUGUUUUUUGUUUUUGUUUUUGAGACAGGGUUUCUCUUUAUAGCCCUGGCUGUCCUGGAACUCACUUUGUAGACCAGAGUGGCCUCGAACUCAGAAAUCCACCUGCCUCUGCCUCCCGAGUGCUGGGAUUAAAGGCGUGCACCACCACGCCCGGCUGUUUGUUAUUUUUUGAUUGCUUGUUUAUAUAAUUUGAGAUAGGGAGUUUCUAUUUGUCUCCAAGUGACCUAGAGUAUCCCCAGAUGAUCAGUGUGUAUCCUAGCCUGUGAGCCUGUAACUCAUAAUUACCCUGCUUCCAUCUGUUCCUCCUUCCCAAAUCCUUGGAUUACAGGUAUGCAUCAUAAAUCUUGUUUUUUGUUUUUAUUACUGUUUAAACUCUUAAGGAUAUUAUUUAUUAAAACAUAACACUAUAAUAUACAUCCUGUACAUAGUUAAGAUAAUUCAUCAUCCAAAGCAAAUUAGCAUGCCUUGGCCAAGUUACAAGACAUUUUUUAUGAAACCCUAAGUCCAUAAAUAGCUCAACAAUAUGUAAAUUAGGAAUAUAUUAUCAAAAUAGCCUCAGUCGUUGUACUAAUUUCAAAUCUGAAGUAAUGUAUAAAUAAGUUGGCUGAAAUAAAUUCUACCCAAAAUUUAGUGUAUUAUCUGAGCCAAUUCUCUCUGAAGUUUAUUGCAUUGCAGUAAAUCCCUGUGGCAACAGAAAGUCUAAAACUGCUUGAAUUCAUCCCUUCUCUCACCAUCUGAGAACACAACAAUAAAUAAGAGAGUUGUCCCGAGGCAGCAUGCAGGCUUGGAAAUGGAGGUUCAGUGUGCCUCACAGGAUUCAGCUCCACAUCUGGGUGAAGUUAUGGGCUGUUGGCAGUCACACCUAAGUCAAGAGUUUGAACUUUUGAGUUUCCAAGUCUGUUGGGUUCUGGACAUUCAUGUGGCCAUGGUAUGAUGAGGAAUGCAUAGCUAGCCCACAUCCACAAGAUUUAAGUGCACCAAUCACAAAGUUAGAACACACACAAAGGAUCUUGGUGCUGAGCCUCUUUGUCUUUGAUAACAACAGUUUCAUAAGAAGAGCCAUGUGGCAAGGAAGGUCUUAUUUUGGACAAUUUCUAAUAUUUAAAAGAAAAAAAAACAAGGAGACAUUUGUUUCUUUGAUGAAAAUGUUUUAAUUUAUUCAUUUGCUGAUUUCCCACCUGCCUUUAAUAUUUAGAUUGCUAACUUACUUUCUUUUUCUUUUUGGGUAAAAUUAGUUUUUAUAUUUUUAUUUCUUGUUUUCUGGAUUAUUCUAUCAUAUAACCAAUUGAACAAGAACAAGGCUUCAAAUAAAAGACCCAGUUUUAUGUUUGUUCACACUUAUCGUUUCUGAGAAGUUGAAAUGUAGCCUCCUAGAGCUUUACAGUGAGAUAGUCAAAUGUAAGUUUUUAAAAUCUGGACAAAAAAAAUUAAAAGACACGUAAAAGUUUUUAAAAAUCUGAAAAAAAAAAGAUUUGGCUUGGUAUCUGCUUAUUCAUUUACUUUGUAACUUUUGAAAAUAAAAGGAUUGUAAGAGAUUAGAAAAAAACUUGACAUAUGUAAAUCUCUAAGAGAAUUCAAGCUCUUAUUCACUCCUCAUGGCUACAAUCUUACUCAUUUACUCUCCUCAUGACUUCUACCUUAUUCAUUUACUUAAAAAAUAUUAAGGGUGCCUGCAUUGACAUCAGAAAAAAAAAAAACACUCAGAAAAAUAUCAAAUUGGCUCUCCCAACUGGGUGGAUAGAAGAAAAGUUUUCCCAUGCUAUUUAAGGAAGCAGAGGAAGGAAUCGUGGACAUUUAUACUGAGUAUGAGUCUAACACGUGGAGCCAGAAGAGAGAGGACACAGAGUGUUCAGAAACAUCCCCGCAGGUUGUCCUGUGGCACCACUCCUCAGAGUGGGGGCCAGGCACAAUGGAAAACGGGAAUCUAUUGUGAUGAUGCUGUAUUUGAUUAUCAGGAUUUAAGAAGAAAAUUUGGGAGAGACACUUCUAGGCUUGAAGUUAUAUCCUUACAUAAUUUAAACAUGACAGUCUUCAUUUCUAAUGUCUGUAUUUUUGUCUUUCCUGUUGAAGUCCAGAACUCAAAACCUCAGCAAUAUCUCAUAAGUUUACAUUUCUGUUACUUAGUAUACAGUCAUGCCAAGAGCCACUUUAUGGCAGGAGGGUUGAAGUCCUAAAAGCUAUCUGUUCACAUCAGAUGCAUGAGAGAACUCUCAAAGUGCAGCCCACAAAGAUGGACCUGGAUAAACUAGAUCCCAAAUCCUCCAGGAAAAGCAGCUCCAACAUAACAUACAAGUUAGUCAUCUAACAGAGUAGGGAUGAUGAUGCCAACUCUGCAGAUAGUUUCAAGAAGGACCACAUUGUAACCAGCACUGUGUCUCUAUGGUUCCUUAAUUCACCUUUUCAACAGGAACAUACAUGACAGCUGUCUGUUCAAAGAAAUCGAAAUGCAGAUGACAUGUCAUGAGAAAUCAAUACACAAUUUACCCCUCCACAUGAAUACCCACUUCUAAAUGUAAAAUAUAAGACUGUGCUUUGGCUUAAAUGCUUCAGAUCAUAUUUAUAAUUUUGACUACAUUUAUCUAUUCCUUUUGCAUAUAGGCGCAUACUCAUGUCAUCCCAACCUGUGGAGGUUAGAGGACAAUGUGUAAGAGUGUGUAUGCUCUUUCCCUUCAUCAUGUGUGUCCUGGGAAAUGAGUUCAGUUCAUCAAGCUUGGUUGCAAACACUGUUAUCUGCUGAACUAUCUCACAAACCCACAAUCAUUUCUUAAAAUCACUUGCAUAUGAUUCACAGUUACAUUUUUUUAAAAUCAUGGUGAAAUGUAAUAUAUGUACAUAAUUUUUAAGUGUAGAAAUAACUCAUUUGGAUAUUAAUAACUUCUUUUUCAUAGUUGAGAGUAUUCAUCAUAAUAAUUGGUAUUCUAAGUAAAAUAGCAACCCAAAUUCUUUCUUGUUGCUAUGAUAAAGGAGCUAGAAUGGGAAGGCUAUCUUUUAGAAUGUUUUUAAAAGGCCCUUAGUUUGCAUAACUGGGAUAGAUACAAAAGCCACCGACCAAGUAGCCUGAGGAAAAGCAAGUCAGCAAAUACACUCCAAGAGAGCAUUUGAGUAAUGUCUAAAUUAACAAAGCUGAUGAUUUUCAAAGCCAGGUGGUAAUCAGUAUGACCUAGAGAAAUGUUUCAAAGGCCUUCAUGCCCUAACUAGAUAUCAAACCAAUGAUGUCAGUAGCUCUGGCAGAGCUUCAGUCUUUUUCUAAGUCCCCUAGUGAGUCCAAUAUGCAGCUGAAUUCCAAAACUCCUGGCUUAGACCACAGAUCAAAGACAGCAAUUCAAUGAACAUUGAGGAAUUAAUUCAGGAAGUAACACUAAGCAAAGAAAUCUUUUUAAGGUCACAAACCAAGAAUCAUGAUACAUAUCUGUAAUCCCAGCAUUUAGGAUUCUGAGGCAGGAUGAUUGAAAAUUUCUCAAAACCAUUCUUGGUGACAUAGCCAAUAAAUUAAAAAAUAAAUAAAUAAAUAAAUAAAUAAAUAAAACAAAACAAAAAAACAAAAUCAGCAAAAUCAUGGGUGAUAUCCAUUGUUUCAAUACAAAUCAAAAAAAUAAAUCCCAAAGGGCAUACCCAAAGGAGAUAAAGUGAUAAUUUCUAGCAGAACUAAUCCAGCAAGAGUUCAUUGUUCUUACCAUUAAAACAAAGAUGCUUCCUCUGGGCAUCGCACGUGACAGGAAGCCCACACAGCCAUGGGAGCAAAAGACAGGCUGUGUUCUUUAAUCUAUGAACACUGUUUAGCUUCAGGGUUUAUUAGCGCAAGAAUUAAAAGUUUGGUAAGAGAACCUGUGAAGACAGUGCCAAAAAAGUUAUAUUUCAUUUUAUGGAUUUGCUUAAGCAAUGCUUGUCACACCAACCUGGUGAAGAGAUUCAUCUGCAGGGCUGUUAGUACAUCUGAGAAUGGGACUAAGAAAUCUGUUACAAAUGUGUCAAGUUCUUCUAUUAUGAAUAAAAAAUACAUUACUUUGAACUAAGGCCUAUAGUAUGAAAGAUGGUAAUUGUUUGAAAACUUUGGUAUAAAGGAUUUAACUAGAAUGUGAAAGAUUCCAGAUAAAGCAGAGGACUUGAGUUAAACCUGAUAUCAAUGAUCAAUGGAUACUCUUGACACAACAGAUAUGCAAUGCUGUUUGUCACUUAUAUGAAAAUCAUAUUUAACAAUAUGUCAUAUUUUAAUUUGCUGAAUCUGACAACUCUAAGGCUCUGGCUGUGUGUCAGAUGGGUGGUAGGACCAGAAAGAAUGUAGAACAAAAUAUAUUAUUAGGCUAAAUAAACAAAACAUUAUGUUUCGUGUGGGAUGGAGGAAAUUGAGCACAUUAGGAAUUGAGCUUUAAUGUAAAGGACUUUUGUUUGCAUAAAUCUUUCCAAGGUGCUGAAGGGUCCAUGGCAGUGUUAUAUGAAGUUUGCAAACGUCAGACAUUCUUGUGUUAUUUUUUCAAAGAAUACAUACAACGAAGCCAUUUAUACAAAGAAGCCAUCCCUCAAUCCAGUUGAGCUGACAGCCAAUAUUAACCAUCUCAGACUCCAGGCAUACACUCCAGGCUUCAAAACAAAAUUCACUCUUUACCUGUAUAUGGAACACUAACUAUCAAAUAAAACACACGGAAAUAUAUUAAUAAACCUAAGGGGGAAUGAUAAGUAAAUAAACCCCAGAGCACUGAAAAUCUUCUGUUCCAGCUUCAUCAAGAACUGACAUCAAAAGCCUAAAUGUGCUCAAUACUGGCAAAAGUGGUCCCCUCUGAAGCGUCAUAUCAGCAGAAAAUAUUUUAUUUCUCAAAUAAAUUUGACCAUGGGGCACCUUCACAGACUAGUGUCCAUGUGUUCAGCAAACAUAGUGCCAUGCCUUACUAGAAAAACUUUUCUUUGUCACUAGAGUAUUGAUAAGUAUAUGUUAGAAAUUCAAAGGAAGGGGUAUCCCCAGGUCAGUGUGAAAAUCAGUUAUGUCCUAAAUAGCAUCAACCACACAGAGGAAUAGACUGCUUAUGGGGAAAUAAGUCAUCAGCUUGAGUAAUCGAAAUAGGAGUCUGGGCUUCAACACAGACAACUCCAAUCUGACUUUCCCUUUUUUUUCCAGUACAAGUUGAGGAUGGAGAAAGUAAAUAAAUAGAAACCAAGUUGGGCCAGACCAAAAAGGGUACCGUGUGAGCAAAAAUUGUCAAGUGGCCAAAGAUAUAAAUGGAUAUUUUCAUAUUUCUGAAAGCCAUUAUAGUAGUCUACCAUGCUUGGAAAGUCUUUGUCUCAACACACUUGAAGAGGUUAUUCCUUUGAGAACAUUAACAAAGGGAAGAAGAGAGUUGUCUACAAGUGAGACCUGUUUGGGUGUUGAAGUUGCUUGUGACCAGUACAUAAACAUUUCAAAUCUUGGAAUAAAAGCAAUACUUGGAAAUUUUUAGUUAUCAAAAAAACAAUAAAGAAUUGUUAACAGAGCAUGUCAGCAAUCCCUUGCAAAUGUCCCUGCAAAUGUUCUAGCAGUGUUUUGUUCAUUUGCUAUUGAUGCAUUAUAACUAACUCUGUGAACACAUUUUUUAAUCACCACUGUUUAUCUGUAAUGUAAUUACCCACUUGGAUACACCUCAAGUAAACGGAUUGGAUAAACUAGUACGUUCUUAACCCUGUCAUUUGUCUGUCUGGGUGUAUUUAUAGGUCAGGAACUUCACUAAUAGCUCCAGACCUAUGCGGUAAAUAACAAUAUUCUGGGAAUUUGAAAAUAUGAGUUUAGAAAAAAGGAUCAGAAGUUAAGGGAAAUAUUGAGCAAUUGUGUAGAAGUGCUUAUAAAAGAAUGUUACAGAAGUAAUGCCUCCAUUUCCUUCAGUGUAGAAUGAUAAAAUCUGCAGACACAUGACUAUAAUCUCUAAAUUAGGAUAAGCAAUGAUAUAAAUCAUGAAAUAUCAGAAGAGUGUGUCUUAUCUAUUGAUUUACAGGUUAAUGUAUGUUUUCCUGACUAAAGUGCUUGAAAUUCCUCAAUUAUUUUUAACUGGGUUGUUCUUUACUUCAAUUAAUAGACACAUUCAUGCAUUUGUAUCAUAUGACUAUGCUGAGCUUGGAUUAAGUCUUGGGGGGAAUAGAGAAUUACUCUAGGGUAUUGCCUCUACCAUUAAGUUGCCUGUGAUCUUUUGGAAGAUUCUUGCAGGGGAGCUGGUCACAACAAUAAGACACAAAAGGUGGUUUGUGAUAAUUUGCCUGACUAAAUUGUCACUUGGUGAAGGAAAUGUACUUCAGGUGCCUUGAAGAAAGUGUUGGAUCCACCCAGCACUCUAUGGACUUUAACUCCAAGUGAAGUUAAGGGGAGACAUCACCCAAAUUGCCUCCCACUUUCUCACUUCCUGUCUCACUUCUUUUUCAAUUAUCAUAAGUAUCAGAUAAACACCCCUUAGAGAGCUCCACUUCCAGAGUGCAGAAAAUACCGGCAUGGUCAGCCGCACAAUGAAUUUGUAAGUUCUCUUGCCUGUGCAGUCCUUCCUACUAAUAUUAGCUUAUAGUCAAGCAUUCCUUAAAUAUUUAUCAGUAGCUUAAAUAUUAACAAAAGCCAUUGUCUCCUUGGGCAGCACAAGGAUUGUAUUCCCAUCCUAGCUUGUCAAUGGGAAAAAAAGAAAAUACAUUUGAAGCAGGGAAACAUUAGCUUCCAUCCACAACUGUAAAAUGUAGGUGAUUGUUCUCUUCCUGCACAAGGAGGUAAAAGAGACUACCCGAAGCCAUUUGCUUCUGGAAUUUUUGGAAUAUGAACACAAGCACAUGAAGCCAGCCUGGCAUAUGGAUGAGUAAAUUACUCCAUCCAAUGCUUGGGGUAUUCUCUUCCUCCCUCUGAAUGAAUAAUUUACUGGUAUUGUACCUGCUGUUUCCAAGUGCACAUUAAUGAUUUAUUUCUUGUUCUUAAAAACAGAUGCUUAUAACUAAAGCACAGGUUCUAUAAGAUCAUUAAGGAGUCCACUAAUGGUUGGAAGAAUUAAAGUGAAAGUGGGUGGUGUGAAUCCUCAGAUGAAUAGACAUUUUCUGUACAAAUUGUACCAAUUUUGUAUAUUGCUACCACAGAGAAAUUUCUCUUCUUAUAAGUGUUCUGUCGUGUGAAACCUGUUUCAUUCCCCCUAUGCUUAGCAAAUUUAUAGUUAAGUUCCAGAGGAAUUCUGGCUUAGAGCAUAGCUUUGUUGUUCAUUUAGGUUCUUAUAGCUAUUUUGUCCUGUGUCUUCGUUACAAGGGUCUUGCCAAAAACAAAACAAAACAAAACAAAACAAGUGUAGAUGUUAAUGAAGCAGCAUUGAAUUAUUGUUUUAAAAUGCAUUAUUAAUCAUGCACAGUUUUCAGCAUCUGGGAAGUCCCAUGAACAAAUAAUUACAGGUAACAGUGUCUUGGGAUAUAUGGUAACAUUCAUUUCUACUGUUUUUGCUUCCGCCUUGCUGUCUGCUGAAAUUGCUAUUUACCUUUGUACAUGCUUGAAUUUUGAAGCUGAGAUGAUUCUGAAUUAUCUGAAUUGUCUUUCAUACAUACUGUGUGUCCUACAUAAGGAAAUUGGCUUGUGGAGAGCAAUGAAUAUGAUAGGCUACAAUCAUUUUCUUCUUGCAUCUGCCUCUGCAUCUAAAACUGAGGGGGUGCCUGCUACCCGAUUAAGUGUGUCUCUACGUGAGUACCUUUCCUCUCCUGUAUACAUGGGGUUUGCAUUCUGGGCUCUCCUUUUCUGUAUCCGUUCCAGUUAACAGCUUCUAGGAAACAUACAGGAGAUGCGGUGGACAAUACUUGAUUAAAUAUAUCUGGAAAUGAGCUAACCCUGAAACCAUUUCACUUACAAGCAAAACCAACUGAAAUGCUUUGACGAAUGUUUUUGGUGGAUUUGGGUCUGAGACAUGAGACCAUAAUCUCCUUAAAUGCACUGUCCUCGUUCCUCAAGGUACCAAUACUGAAUGCACAUAAUUGCAGGUUGCUCAAAAACUAUUAUAAAUGAAAUAAACUUUAGUGGCUUGUAAAGAAUGCUUACUGGCAUAUAUUACUGUGUUUAUUACCUGUGUGUCCAGUCUUGAGCCAUUGUCAUCAUGUAAUUUGCUUCACAGCUUUGUCGUCACUGCCUCCCAGAUGGAAAUACGAAACUGUUAACUCAUUCAGCACAUUUAACUCUGGGAAACAUUCUGUGUUAAGGUGGUAUGAGACUAAGCCAGCAUUGCCAGGCAAUACUGAGAUACAUUGGAAUGCAAUAAAGAAAUGUAGAUAUUACAGAUGACUCCUUCAUGCUACCCGUAUCCUCGUUUAUUAAUGGGAUAUACAAGCUAUUCUUGCAUCCUGUCACUGUCUGACAGUAUGAUGGUAACUCCAUCCAAGGCAGAAGUUUUAAGAGCCAAGGUAUUUUUAAAUGUUAUGGUGAUCUCCUAGGGGUCAUUAAAGCUCUAUAUAGUGAAUGACUAUCCUUACUAGUCUAGAGAGAAAAACAAAAUAAAAUAAAACUCUCCUUUUUUCUGCUGCUCCAAGAUUAUUUUCAUAGACAGUACAACACCCCAGCACACAGCACCCCUCUGGUACAAAACUGUUGGAAGAAAAGAAACUGGUGUCCUUCUGGAAUCUUCUAAAGCAACAGUGACAAUAAGUAAAGUUUUUAAGGUGGAGUGAGUAAAGUUUUUAAAGUGGAAUGCCAAUGUGUGAGUUUUAUCUAUGUCUUCUCCAAAAGAUAAUUUUGGCCAGACUUAAAAGACUCAAAAGUUUCUCUACGCAGCCUCGAUCAUAAACUUUGCUUCAGCUGUGGCAGCUUGGAUUCAUUACCACUUAGUGGUAGCACUAUUUAAACAUUAAUAUUCCUAAUAUGAAAAGCUAUUAUAAGUAUAUAUGGAUUUAUAUACACAUUGAUGACUAUAAUGCAUUUUUAUACUAGAAAAAA